AUGAUCAGUCUUGUCACGUUAAGCAUCUUAUUAUUCGAACAAUCAAUAAUAGCCAGUCGUUCAAUUCAAUGGCCGGCAUUCGGUGGUAGUACUGCGCAUACAGGAUUUAUUCCAAUUAAUUUGACUAUUGAAUCAACAACAGAUCAACUAACAAAUCCAAAAUUGGUAUGGAUGAAUAAUUUAACUAAAGGAUUAUCCUAUAGUACAAUAUUUGCUGAUACUUUACUUGUAACUAGCAGUAACAGAUCAACUGAUGAUAGCAGAUUAUUUGUUCUAAAUGCUUUAACGGGUAAAUUGAUUCAUAGAAUCGAUUUACAAGCAGCAAGUUACACAGGACCGCCGGUUGGCGGAUUUGAAUACAUGACUUAUGUACAGUCAGUUGGUACUUUAGAAGGAUUAUAUCUACAAGCUAUCAAUUUGAUUACUGGUGAUAUCAAAUGGACUGCUAAAGGCGGUGCUCAAUGGCCUACCUAUCCAUAUGGAGCGACACCAGGAUUGAAGUAUAUUUAUAUGGCUGGUGGAAUAUUCAAUGGAGAAUUAUAUGCCGUUGAUCCUUAUAAUGGUACCAUUAUAUUUGACACUUGUGUUUUCUGUUCCUCUUUCAGUUGCGAUUGGUGGACUCCGACCGUGCACAACAAUAGACUAUUCUAUAAUUCACAACCAGGUGAAGGAUCUAAUGGCUCAUUUGGAGAAGCUAAUCCCGAUAAUGGCACUGUACUUUGGAGUGUUUCAUUAAGUAGUGAAUGGGAUGGAUAUUCAACAUAUUGGGUACCUGCUAUUAUAAAUGACAUUGCCUUAGUGUCAACUCGCCGCACUUUUAAUUCCAUAGAAUUUCAUGCAAUUAAUCUCAGUUCACAUAACAUCUUGUGGACAUAUUCUUGUCCUAGGACCUCGGUAAUUGUGAACGGAUCAUUCCAAGAUUUCUCGUCAUCUACUGAUGGUAUAUCAGCUUAUUUUACUUGUGCUAAUGGAAUACAUCAAGUCUUGACAACUAACGGUCGACUUGUACAAAUUUAUUUUUGUCAAAAUUGUGCUGGUCAACCUAUUGUUACCAAUGAUUCUUUAAUUAGUAGUAGUAAUGGUAAUGGAACUAUGAUAUUUAAUAAGAAAUCUGGUGCUAUAUCAAUGCGUUUUGAAGAAAGUGGUAGUUUAGCAUUACAUCCAGAUGCGAAAAUAUUAUAUAUUACAAAUGCUAUUAAUGGCAUUGUUGUUGCCUAUGUCAUCUGA